AUGUGGCCAAAAUUGGUUGCAUUCCUUUGCUUUUUCUCGAUGGCUUUUUGUCUGAUGGGCGUCGGAAGACAGCAAUCUGUUGGAGUCCGAGGAAAACUCCAAUGCAACGGUCGUCCGUAUACUGGAGCUCUCAUCAAACUUUACGAUAAAGAUACAUUGGGAAAAGAUGAUCGAUUGGGCAGUGUGAAGACUGGACACGAUGGAACCUAUCAACUAUCCGGAAAUGCUCGCGAGAUCACGAACAUUGACCCGAAAAUCAACAUCUAUCAUGACUGCAAUGAUGGAAUGAAGCCGUGCCAACGCAAAUUCCACAUCAGCAUCCCCAGCCGCUACAUCAACAGCGGAAAAAAUCCGAGCAAUUGGUUCGAUGCGGGAACUCUCGAGUUGGCUGGCAAGUACCCGGGAGAGUCGCGAGAUUGUCUCCAC